AUGGGGGUUAUCAGAAUCAAAAUCGAAAUCAAUGGAGACCUCAGCAGGGGCAAGGUGCAUUCAACAACAACCAAGGGAAACUAUAACAACAAUUAUGGUGGGUCGAACCAAGGGAACUACAACAACAACAACAAUAACUUUGGAAAUAGAAGUUCCAAUCCCUACAUUCCACCAAAAAGGCAGUCAAACGAUCAAGGUAGUUCGAGAGUUGAGACGAUGCUUGAGAAGAUGCGUGAUAUAUCUAGAAGGCAACACCCUCCUAAAAAGGGAGGACUUUCUAGUGAUACUAUUUUGAAUCCGAAGAAUGGGGGAGGCAGUGUAGACCGUGUGUUUGCUAUCAGUACUUGGAGUGGUAAAAUACUCCAAAGUGAUAAAAAGAAGAUUCCUAGUGAAGAGAAAGUUGCUGAUAUUCCAGAAAGUUCGAAGGUGGCUGAUGAAAACAGCAAGCAGACUGUAAAAGGGGAUCUCCGCUAUUUGACUCAGCUUUUCAAAUCUAAACCUCCCUUUCCUCAAAGAUUGGUGAAUAAGAAGGAAGAUGCUAAGUUCGAGAAAUUUUAUGAUCAGCUAAAGCAGUUAUCUCUGAACUUUCCAUUCUUGGAUGUUGUCAAGGAGAUGCCCGGUUUUGCUAAGUACUUGAAAGACCUGCUGACCAAGAAGAAGACGGUGCAACAUGAAAUCGUGAGUUUGACUCACAUUGUGAGUUCCAUUAUUUCAACUACUAUUAUCCAGUACCAUGAUUUUGCUCGUGCUCUAUGUGAUAAUGGGGCGAGUAUAAAUUUUAUGCCACUUGCUAUCUACAAGCAAUCAGGUUUGGGGAUGCCAAGGCCGACUACUAUGAGAUUACAGAUGGCUGAUAGAUCUAUUAAGCGGCCGGUUGGCAUGGUUGAUGAUGUUCUUGUGCGGGUUGGUAAAUUUAUGUUGCCCACUGAUUUUGUGAUUCUUGACUGUGCUGUUGAUCGGGAUAUUCCUAUUAUUUUCGGGAGACCUUUCCUUGCUACGGGAAGAGCUCUUAUGGAUUCGGAAAAGAAUGAAAUAAAAUUUCGAGUCAAUGAUGAAGAAGUGACUUUUCACUCAACGAAAUUCAAGAUGGAAGAAGAAAGUUUAGGAGAAGCUCUUGCUACUAUUCUUGUCAAUUUUGAUGCUGAUGACAUAGAGGAUUAUGUGGAGACGGUUAAUUCGCUUGCUGGGUUGGGUUCAUAUUCUUACCACCCAAAGAAGCUUAAUCUUGAUCUGAAAAAUAGAACAACUCCUCCAGCAAAGCCAUCUAUCAUUGAGCCACCGAAGCUUGAGCUUAAGCAGCUCUCAUCACAUUUGAAAUAUGGGUUCCUUGGUCCAAAAAAUAUGUUACCAGUGAUUGUUUUAGUGUUACUGACUGAGGAGCAGAUCGAGAGGCUUGGGGAGAAAUUGUGUAAGUAUAGGUGUGCUAUUGGUUGGACCAUAGCAGACAUUCAGGGGAUUCCUUCUGGGAUCUGUGAGCAUAAAAUCCAGUUGGAGAAGGAUAGCAAGCCGAGUGUGGAACAUCAAAGGAGACUGAAUGAAAACAUGCAAGAAGUCGUAAAGAACAAAAUCAUCAAGUGGUUAGAUGCUAGAGUUGUUUACCCUAUUGGUGAUAGUAAAUAG